UGCGCCAAGGCGAGGAUGAUUUUUGUCUGAAGACAACGAUACUGAACUGCAUGACGGUGCCUGUUAGUUGUUAUUUAAAAUUGGACUUCUGUGCCAAGAUGAAUGUUUUUAUUAGUAUGUGUGUAUAAACUGAACAGAUUGCAUUGCGUAUUUCUGGUUUUCGGAAACAUUUCGUUCGUAAUGGAGGCUGGAGGACAAAGGCGCGGAUGGGAGUACUGGUGGACUGCUGCAUGUUUCUCUUUGCUGCUAGGAUCCGGACAACGGGUUUCAGGCCAGAUAAGAUACUCUGUUCCAGAAGAAGUGAAAGAGGGAUCGAUUGUGGGAAAUAUUGCUAAGGAUUUGGGACUUGAUGUCAGUGCAUUAGUCGACAGACGGUUCCGCAUCGUGUCUGGUUCAGAUGAAACGCUUUUCGUGGUAAAUCAGAACAAUGGCGUUUUGUAUGUUCACAGAAAAAUUGAUAGAGAACAGCUGUGUGAUAGUAAUGGUCCGUGUUUGAUUAACUUGAAAAUCAUGGGUGAAAAUCCACUCGAAAUCCAUUAUGCUGGCGUUGAGAUAAUUGACGUGAAUGACCAUUCUCCUACAUUUACCGAAAAAGAAAAGCGAUUAGAAAUAGCAGAGUCCGCUCUUCAAGGCACGCGUUUUCAACUGCAAGCUGCGCAUGACCCUGAUAUUGGAGCUAAUUCUGUACGUUUGUAUAAACUGGGCCAAAACGAACAUUUUGAUUUAGAGAUAAGGGACAGAGGAGAUGACAAAUUGCCUUUUUUAAUUUUGCAAAAGCCUCUUGACCGUGAGCACAAAGCAGAGCAUUAUUUAACUUUAACAGCAAUAGAUGGAGGCAAUCCGCAGAGAUCAGGUAUACUAAACAUCACAGUUCUCGUUCUUGACGUAAAUGACAACCGCCCGGUGUUUAGUCAAGAUGUUUAUACUUCAACCCUGCGUGAAAACGUGCAAAUUGGAACUUCAGUCAUUAAAAUUAUGGCUAAUGAUUCUGAUUAUGGUCCGAAUGGUGAAGUGUCCUAUGCCUUCGGAGGGGACAAUAAUCAAAAUAUGUUUAAUAUAUUUAGCCUGGAUAGAUUAACUGGCGAAAUUCGUGUCAUAGGAGAGGUAGACUUUGAAAAAAACAGCAUUUAUAAGCUGGAUAUACAGGCUUCUGACAGUGGACAGCCGCCUUUGACCACUGACUGUCGAGUAAUUAUAAGGAUAAUUGAUGUCAAUGAUAAUGAGCCGAGCAUAGAAGUAACGUCACUAUCAAACAUUGUGAAUGAGAAUUCCAAGUCUGGUACUGUAAUCUCAUUGAUUAGUGUUACAGACAGAGACACUGGUGUUAAUGGUAAAGUUGUGUGCUCUCUGUCUGAAAAUGUUCCGUUUGAAUUAAAACCAUCAGUUCAGGAAAACAUGUACUCCUUGGUAACUAAAGGGCACCUGGACCGUGAAACAAUAUCACAAUAUGACAUUACAAUAAAAGCGAGCGAUCUGGGCCAACCUCCACUGUCUUCCUUUAAAUCUUUAAGCUUACAGGUGUCAGACGUCAAUGAUAACCCACCUGAAUUUAUCCAAAAUCCCAUCGAAAUAUACUUAAAUGAAAACAACGCUGCAGGUGCGCCUAUUCUUACGCUGAAUGCUUUUGACAAAGACUUAAAUGAAAACGCUAUAAUUUCAUAUCAGAUUCUUAAAGGUAAUGCAGCACAUAGUGAAAUAACAUCUUUCCUAAAUAUUAACUCCGAAACAGGGGCAAUUUAUGCGCUUAAAAGCUUUGAUUUUGAAACUGCCAAGACUUUUCAGUUUCAAGUCCUCGCUACAGACUCUGGAUCUCCGUCUCUGAGCAGUAAUGUGACAGUGAACGUGUUUAUUCUGGAUCAGAACGACAACGUUCCAGUCAUCUUAUAUCCAGUGAGCGCUAACGGUUCUGCUGAGGGUGUGGAGGAGAUUCCCCGCAAUGUGAACGCAGGUCAUUUGGUGACUAAAGUCAGAGCCUAUGACGCAGAUAUAGGAUACAACGGCUGGUUAUUAUUUUCACUGCAGGAAGUUAGUGAUCACAGUCUGUUUGGUUUGGACCGCUAUACAGGACAGAUAAGAACCCUUCGCUCAUUCACAGAAACAGACGAGGCCCAGCAUAAACUGGUCAUACUGGUGAAAGACAAUGGGAACGUUUCUCUCUCAGCAACAGCGACUGUGAUUGUGAAAGUUGUGGAGCCCAAAGAGGCUUUUGCAGCUUCUGAUGUGACAAACGCAGUGAAAGACGAUGAAGAAAACAACGUGACGUUUUAUUUGAUCAUCACGUUGGGCUCUGUGUCAGUGCUUUUUAUCAUUAGUAUCAUCGUGUUGAUUGCAAUGCAGUGCUCUAAAUCUUCAGACUAUUCGUCCAAAUAUUUACAAGACGCGAAUUACGACGGGACUCUGUGUCACAGCAUUCAGUACAGAUCUGGAGACAAACGGUACAUGCUAGUUGGACCAAGAAUGAGUGUCGGUUCUACUCUGGCACCUGGCAGUAAUAGGAAUACUCUAGUGAUACCAGAUCGCAGGAGGAGAGAUUCUGGAGAGGUAAGCAGUAUUAAUUUCCUCUGUGUAUAUCUGUAUUUUCUGUUUAAAUGA